AUGGCAACGGUUAUGGACAGGAAGACCAAUUUUGUGGUGGUCCUUGUGCAUUGCUAUCUUUCCUUCGCUACUAUCAUAUGCAUGUUUACAUAUGCUCGUGGAAAUCCAAAUGUGCUUUGCAGAGAAAGAGAAAGAGAAGCCCUCCUCACCUUCAAACAAGGUAUCAUAGACCGUUCGAACCAGCUCUCAUCUUGGAUUGGCCACGAGUGUUGUGUGUGGAAAGGAAUUGGUUGUGACAACAUAACUGGGCAUGUCAUCCAUCUAAAUCUUAGAAAUCCAUAUGAUAGUGGUACUGCACAUGAAGCUUUUAGCCAGUCACAGUUGGGUGGGGUGAUAAGUGAUUCUCUCUUGGAAUUAAAGCAUCUUCGCUAUCUGGACCUAAGUGAGAAUCAUUUUGCAGAUUCCCAUAUUCCAAGCUUCUUUGGUUACCUUGGGAAUUUAAGAUAUCUAAGUUUAUCUUGUGCGGGUUUCGUGGGUACAAUUCCUCAUCAGCUGGCAAAUCUCUCCAACUUGCAUUAUCUUGGCAUUCAAGGUUCCCUCCUGCACGUUGAUAACCUUGAAUGGUUAUCUCAUCUUUCUUUGUUGGAAUUCCUCGACAUGAGUUUCGUCAAUCUUAGUAAAGCAUCUAACUGGUUACAGGUGAUGAACUUGCUCCCUUCUCUAUCACAAUUACUCUUGUCUAGUUGUGAACUUGAUAAGUAUGAUCCUAUUCCUUAUGUUAAUUUUUCAUCUCUCUCUGUGCUUGAUCUUUCAGUCAAUCACAACCUCUCUUCCACAAUACUUAACUUGUUAUGCAAUAUAAGUACUCUUGAAAGACUUGAGUUUGCAUAUAAUAACAUUCAAGGUGUACUUCCUAGUGCCAUUGGAUCCCUUUCCCAACUGAUAUCUCUUGACCUCUCAAACAAUGGCCUUGAAGGAAAAUUACCAAGAUCCUUGGGAAAUUUGUGUAAUCUGCAAAAUUUGGAUUUAUCUCACAACAAACUUGGGGGAGGUGUGUAUGAACUCUUGGGAAAUUCUUCCCUUUCCCAACUGAUAUAUCUUGACCUGUCAAACAAUGGCCUUGAAGGAAAAUUGCCAAGAUCCUUGGGAAAUUUGUGUAAUCUGCAACAUUUGGAUUUAUCUCACAACAAACUUGGGGGAGGUGUGUAUGAACUCUUGGGAAAUUCUUCUGCAUGCACAGUAAAAAAUAUGGAGUUUUUAGAUUUGUCUUGGAAUCGACUUUUAGAUACUUUCCCUAAUCAAUUGGGAAAGAAUAAAAAACUGUCUCUUCUUUUUCUUGACUCCAACAUGCUUUCUGGUCCGAUUCCCGUGUCUAUAGAAAAUCUAUCUUCAUUGAGGAUACUUUCUGUCUCUCACAAUAAAUUUAAUGGAACAAUUCCUGUAAGUCUUGGACAUCUUUCAAAUCUUGAAGAGUUAUACAUCUCUGACAAUUUUUUAGAGAGUUUUGUUUCUGACGUGCAUUUUUCCAACCUAACAAAUUUGAAAAUACUUGAAGCCUCUUCAAACUUGUUGACUUUGCAAGUAAGUUUUAAUUGGGUUCCUCCUUUUCAACUUCAAAUUUUAGAGAUGGAAUCAUGGACACUAGGGUCACGAUUUCCUGCAUGGCUUCAAUCACAAAAAGAUCUUCAAGUUUUAAAUUUGUCUAAUACAAGCAUUUCAGGUGUUAUCCCUUCUUGGUUUUGGAGCCUCUGUUCCCAAUUUCUUGUUCUGGAUCUUUCUCAUAACCAAAUUCGUGGCAGUAUUCCAAGUUUAUCUUGUGGAGGAUCAAUCUUUCUUGGUUCAAACAACUUCUUUGGCCCUCUCCCCCAUAUCUCUUCUAGCAUUCAGGGUUUAGAUCUUUCCAAUAACUCAUUUCGUGGAUCUCUUUCUCCCUUCGUUUGUGAACAGAAUGAUAUAAUGAGAGAUCUGUAUUUUCUUGAUCUUUCAAAAAAUCUUUUGUCUGGAGAAGUUCCUGACUGUUGGAUGAACUAUUCUCUAUUAAUGGUGUUAAACUUGGGGAGCAAUAAUCUAACAGGAAAUAUACCGAGUUCCUUGGGUUCUCUCUCUAUGCUUGAGUUUCUAACCUUGAACAAAAACAAUCUGUUUGGACAUUUGCCAUUGUCCCUACAAAAUUGCACACUCCUAAAGAUUGUAGAUCUAAGAGAGAAUCAUUUGUCUGGUAGCUUGUCCAUUUGGUCGGGAAAUAGUUCAGCCAAUCUGAGGGUUCUCGUGCUUCGCUCAAACAAGUUUUAUGGCAGUAUCCCUCAUGAGUUCUGUCACCUUAAAUCGCUUCAAAUCAUGGAUCUGGCACAAAACAAAUUCACAGGACCCAUUCCACGAUGCUUUGGUAAUUUGAGCGCCAUGGUGGGACAAAACCUUGAUAUUAUCGAUAAGGGCAAUUUUUCCUUAAAAGAGGCACUAUAUGGAGAACCAGUAUUGUUGGUAACAAAGGGAACAGAGAAUGAGUAUAGAGAUAUACUUGCUCUCGUCACAAGCAUGGACCUCUCGAGCAACAAUUUGAUUGGAGAAAUCCCGGAUGAACUCACAAGUCUUUACGGCCUACGAUUUUUGAAUUUGUCCAAUAAUCAACUUCAUGGAAAGAUUCCUGAGAAGAUCAAUGCCAUGAAAUUAUUGGAGUCUCUCGAUGUCUCGAUGAAUCAACUCACAGGUGCAAUACCUCAAAGCAUGGCAAGUUUAACAUUCUUGAGUCAUCUAAACUUAUCAUACAACAACUUCUCUGGUAGAAUUCCCUCCGGCACACAGCUUCAGAGCUUUAGUGCACUCUGUUUCAUUGGGAACAACCAUGAUCUUUGUGGACCUCCACUUACUUCUAGAUGCGUUGGAGAUGGCCCAUCCCUUGAGACAACACCAAAUGCUGACGAUGAAGGCAGAGAGGACAGUGGCUGGAUCGACUUGAAGGGGUUUUAUAUUAGCAUGCCAUUUGGAUUUGUAGUGGGGUUUUGGGCUGUCUUUGGUCCAUUAGCAUUCAACAAGGCUUGGAGAUGGGCUUUCUUUAAGUUUUUGGAUGACAUGAAGUAUAAAUUCCUCAACGGUGUUUGA